AUGCCGCCACGUCAAACUCCCUUCUUCGCCGUGUUUCUAUGUUUUCUCAAUGCCUAUUCUUGUGUCUUUGCCACCCAAUUUGACUUUGGAACCUUAACCAUGAGCACUCUGAAGCUUCUUGGUGAUGCCCAUUUGAAAAAAAACACCGUCAGCCUCACCGGCGAGCCCGCUGUCCCAAACUCCGCAGCCGGCAGAGCUCUUUACUCCGCCCCCGUCAGAUUCCGGCAAUCGGGGUCCCCUUCUCCGGCAAGCUUCUCCACCUUCUUCUCCUUCUCCGUCACCAACCUCAACCCCUCCUCCGUUGGCGGCGGCCUCGCCUUCGUCAUCUCUCCAGACUCCACCGCUGUCGGCGAUUCCGGCGGCUUCCUCGGUCUGCAAAACGCCGCCGCCGCCACAGACAGUGGCGGCGGGUUCAUCGCUGUUGAAUUCGACACCCUCAUGGACGUGGAGUUCAGUGACAUUAACGGAAAUCAUGUGGGGUUGGACUUAAACAGCGUUGUUUCGGCGCAAGUUGGCGACUUGGCAAGCGUUGGAGUGGAUCUCAAAAGCGGUGACUCGGUGAACGUUUGGAUCGAGUACGAUGGAAGUAGCAAAGUGUUGCGCGUGUGGGUCUCGUACUCAACUGUGAGGCCGAAAGAUCCGAUUUUGAAUGUGGAUCUCGAUGUGGGUAUGUAUGUUAAUGAUUUCAUGUAUGUAGGGUUUUCUGGGUCUACCCAAGGUAGCACCGAGGUGCACAAUGUUGAGUGGUGGAGUUUCAAUUCCUCUUUCGAUUCCGCGGCGGCUCCUGCCGCCACGUCAGCACCCUCCGCCUCCUCAGCACCUGAGCAGAAGGAGAGUAAGUCUUCUAGGAAGGGUACUGUGGGGGCAGUUGCCGGGGUUGUGACUGCUAGUGCUUUUGUUCUUGCUCUCUUUGCUGGUGCAUUGAUUUGGGUGUAUUCUAAGAAGGUGAAGCGUGUGAAGAAGUUUGAUCAUUCUAUUGAAUCGGAGAUUAUUAGAAUGCCUAAGGAGUUUAGCUACAAGGAGCUGAAAUUGGCCACUAAGGGGUUCACUGCUAACAGGGUCAUUGGUCAUGGUGCUUUUGGGACUGUGUACAAGGGUGUGUUGCCUGAGAGUGGUGACACUGUUGCGGUGAAGAGGUGUAACCACAGUGGUCAGGGUAAGAGUGAGUUCUUGUCUGAGUUGUCUAUAAUUGGGAGUCUUAGGCAUCGGAAUUUGGUUCACCUUCAAGGUUGGUGCCAUGAGAAAGGUGAGAUUUUGUUGGUGUAUGACUUGAUGCCCAAUGGGAGUUUAGAUAAGGCUUUGUAUGAGGCUAGGAUGCCUUUGUCAUGGCCUCACAGGCUCAAAAUUUUGUUAGGUGUCUCAUCUGUCUUGGCCUACUUGCAUCACGAAUGUGAAAACCAGGUAAUUCAUAGGGACAUUAAGACUAGUAACAUUAUGUUAGAUGAAGGGUUCAAUGCUCGGUUAGGCGAUUUUGGUUUAGCAAGACAAACAGAACAUGACAAGUCUCCUGAUGCCACUGUGGCUGCCGGGACAAUGGGGUACCUUGCGCCAGAGUAUGUGCUCACUGGUAGAGCCACAGAGAAAACUGAUGUGUUUAGCUAUGGUGCUGUGGUUCUUGAGGUGGCCAGUGGGAGGAGGCCUAUUGAGAAAGAUGCUGCUGCAAAUGGUAAAGUUGGGGUUAGCAGCAAUUUGGUGGAGUGGGUUUGGAGUUUGCAUCAAGAAGGUAAGUUGUUAACGGCGGCCGAUCCAAGGCUUGAAGGUGAGUUUGAAGAAGGGGAGAUGAGGAGGGUACUCUUAGUUGGGUUAGCUUGUUCACACCCUGAUUCAAUGGCAAGACCUUCUAUGAGGGGUGUGGUUCAAAUGCUGCUUGGUGAGACUGAAGUGCCUAUUGUCCCUAGAGCCAAGCCAUCUACUGGUUACAGUACUUUUAACCUUUUAUUGAGUUUGCAAGAUAGUGAAUCUGACUGUAAUAAUGCUAUGAUCACCAUCUCUACCUCUUCGUCAGAGAACAGCCUCAAUGGCAGAGACAUAGUCUGA